CGCAUCCAGUAUUGUCAUCUACUCUUAUCCCAACUACACACCGCGGCAUACUAUCGCAUGAGCCUCACGCUACACUCGCCAGGCAACCAGCUCUACAUUCUGAGCCUAGUUAGCCUCUGUGGCCCUGGGAUGAUGUUUGCCCUCAUUUCCCUGGGUAGUGCGACCUGAGAAGAGCCCGGAUCCCGACAAUAUGUUCGAGAUCAACCUGAGUCUUAUCGUCAGUUUCCUCCUGACUGGCAUUUUCAGCUUCCUUGGCUGCAACAUCCUGUACCGCAUUGGUGUUCGUUUGUGCAUGUUCGCAUCUUGCAUUUUCAUAUCGUUCUACUCAUUUACCUAUGCGUAUCGCUACAUAGCGGAAAUCAACGACCCGCCUAUAGCGCUGAGCAUCGUUUCUGCAGUGUUCAUGGGCAUUGGCGUCGGGGUAUUCUUCUCGAUUCAGACAACAAUCAAUAUCAAGUACCCGCGCGAGGAGGUCCGCGGCAAAUACCUAGCCAUCUUUGCUGCGUUCUUCAACCUGGGCGGCAUGCUGGGUCGGGAUUCUCCAGACGGCAAGCGGAGCAGUUUCUCCAACUACACAUACCUUUCCUUGGGUAUCGUCCAGGUAUUUGGCGCAGUAAUCUCUCUUGCUCUUGUCUCUCCAACAAAGGUCAGGCGCGAUGAUAGUACAGUCGUCAUGUCGCACUCGGCAGAUCCUGUCGUCAAAGAGCUGGCGAAUAUGGUCAAACACCUUGUGUCAAAGUGGGCGCUGCUCUUUGCCACACCAUAUAUAGUCUCGCACAUCGGGUUCGCCUACACCUCGAAUAUCCUCAACGGCGCUGUUUUUGAUGCUCGCACGCGUGGAUUCAACAACAUAUUCUUCUGGCUUGCCAAGACAGUCGGCGCGGUCGUGCUGGGUCUUAUUCUUGAUCACACCAAAUGGAGUCGGCGGCGUCGGGCCAUCACUGCUGUUGUCAUUCUAGCGCUUGUCUCAAACGGGGUUUGGAUUGGAGGAAUUUUCAACCAGAUGCAGAUGUUCCCGUCUGGGAACAUUGGCCAUUUUCAUGAAAAGCCUCUUGAUUACACCGACCCUGCUGCCGGCCCCACUAUCACGCUGUAUGCGUUCUUCGGGCUCUUCAUCGGCAUCUUUGACACGUGCAUCAUGUGGUUCAUUAGUCUGCUCUCGGACGACUUUGAUGUCACAGGAAGAAACGUCAGCGUGUUCCGCGGGCUCCAGGCACUUGGGACAGCCGUUUCGUGGGUCAUGGUGAAUAACAUGUCCAUCUCGACUCUUUGCUAUGUCAACUGGGGCCUGCUCCUUCUUGGCCUGUGCCCGCUCGCCUACUUUGCCCUGGUCAUCCUGCGCAAUAAUACUGUCCCAUCAGAGUAUGACGUUGACAUGGAAUUUGCUGAGCUUCGGACGCCUUCAUACACCUACAAGGCAUCCUCAGAAUAUUAUCUUUAAAUACCACUCUUUACGAUCUGUUUAUU